GUGUGUUGCGCCUGCCUGCUCCGCGGCCGGACAGUAGCGUAGUCCGCUGGUGCAGCGCUCAGCGCUCAGUCGCCGCCCAACCUCCGAGGCGUCAACACCACACAGCGGCAGCAGCAGCAGCCGCAGCAGCCGCAGCCGCAGCUGGAGCACCGCAGCAGAUUCCGCAAAAAGGGGCAGCAUGCUUCAUCUGGCGACCCUCCUGGUCGCUGCGACCGCUCUGUCGCUGACGACGCAGUCGUCGACGGCACUCGGCAACGAGACGGCGUCCUUGUCUGCAGCGGCGGGUAGAGGUGCUGUCGAGGAGGCAUGCCCGUCAUUGCGGUCCAAGCGGUUCAUCUCGGACGGGCUGUGUUCAUCGCCGUAUCCUGUACACGAGGUGGUGUGUGCAGACCGUGCACCCUCCCACGGCCGCCGCCGCAAACAGCAGCAACAGCAGUCGCAGGCAGUCCCGGCCCAAAGAGAGAGGCAGCGAUGCGUCGAAGGUGCGACCCGCAGGAGACGCGUCGAGCUGCUCUGCCAGGACGGCUCGCGCCGCUUCUACCACGUGCGCCUCGUCAAGAGCUGCCGGCCACGCAGCCAGCGCCGCCACCGGCGACCGCCCGAAGCUGCCGGCCUAUAGCACGAGAUGGCCGCCGUGCCUUCACGAGAUGGCCACGCACCGUGAAAUGCAGACUUCUGCUCUGUGGGGUCGAGAGUUUCGCCCACUGAGACAAUAGCUCAUAGUAAUAGCCACUUCAGAACAAUAGCCCAACAAUACUGACAGCAUACCGGCACUGGCAUGCUGUGCAGUUCUGCAAGGUGAACCUCGUGAGCCCGAGAUGUGCGGCAGGUGUGCUGUCACCGAUUGACAGAGCUCCUAGGUGUUUCAUCCUGUUCGAUACAUUACUUUGGAACAAUGACAUGUUGUCUAGUAGAGUAAAUGAUUCAUGUUAUUUUUUAUAUAUCUUUACAACACAAACACAUAAGCAUUUCACUAUGCUACUGGUCAUCUUAAGACUAAAGGCAGUGACUGGCUGACACUGUGAAAGUCUCUGAUGAUUGUUUGUAAAUAACAAAAAAAUUCAGAAAACUAUAUAUUGCUGCCACUUUUUUCCUGUCAUAAAAUAAUGAAAUUAAUGAAAUGUUGCAAUAUGCAGUAGUUUCCAAGAACCUGGGUUUGCAAGUGAGUUAGCAGCUGUGUGGUCAGGAUCUGAAGUGGGAUGGAGACACGGGUGUUGCAACUUGUGUUCGUUUCACAGUGAUUUAUGAAAUAAUUCUGAUAGUUUAUGACAAAUAGCUCUUGGUGCACUUGCUAUUCUACUUUGUAUGACGAAAUUAGCACACUUACAGUUUGCAACACGGUCUGCAAAGCAUGGGGGCUGCUAGCGAUACUGAAGCUGUGUGACUGAGAACAAUAGUUGUCUAAAGGGCUGCGGCAACACAGACAUGUACACUAACAUACACAGCACAAUAUACAUUACCAUUAGCCCCAAAGCACGUUCACACAAAUUGUGUCACUGAAAAUUGUCACUGCUGAUUAUCAUCCCCUCUCUAUCGUGCAAUUUUCUGUACCAGAAUUCAUUGCUAUUAUUAUAAUUAUAUUGAGACUAUGGCUAAUGAUUGCAAAACACUGCAUGGAAGGAUUGGUAAUCUUCUCACUGCAGUUUCACUGCCUGGCAACAUUGUGUUUAAAAGCAAAAGCAGGCUACAGACCACCACUGGCAUCUCUUGGUUCUCUUUUCAAUUCUUCUGCCAUACUGGUAGGUUACAUGGCCUCCUUCUGGUACAGUGGCAUAAUUUAUUCUGUAUCCCUUAUUAAGAUGUGACUAUAUUACAAACAAUGUGAAAAAAAGAAAAAAGAAAAGAGAGAGAGAAAAGAUGAUCUGUAGCUAAUUCAAUAAGUUGAAACAGGCUUGAUGCCCAUGUAUCUCCUAGGCAGCCAACAAUACAUGUCACAAAUCCACAAUAAACUGAGCAUGUGAAUUAGGAAGUUUCUUUAUUUACUCUAUAGAAAUGAUACAAUAUCAAAAGAAACUCACUUGCUGUUCUUUACAGCUCAUACAAUUAGCUCCUGAGACUUUCCCCAAUAAUUAUUCAUCAGAUGCACUGUAAAAAUGGUUUUGUUAAAGCGACAGCUCAACAAUAGUAGAUCAAACUGAAUAUUUCUGUAAGGUGCACCUCCCAGUAUAAAGCAUACAAAAUGUUCCAGCUACCAGUUCUCAGCAUUCCUUGGGUCGUUUUGCCACUAAAUAACUUGUAGUUGAACUGACUGAAAGGAGUGCCCAGAGUCUCCAAGUUAAUGUGUACAUUACGGCCAGUAAUGUUGAACUAAUACAUGCAACAGGAGGUGGUCUCAAAUAACAGUAAUGAACUAGUACAUAGUGAUGUGUAUUCCAUUGUGUUAACAAUACAUUAUUCUCUUCACCAUUUUACACAUUUGUAUUCCACAUACACAAAGAAUAAUCUUAACAGAUCCUUCAUCCUGUUCAGUCCUCUUUUCCAACCAGUGAAGCUCAGGACCAAUAUGGCUUCGCCUAUUUCAUGGAAAACCAGUAACACCCAUAUAUAGACUAUUAUUAUGAUGGUAUCAACACUCUCAAAGGGAUUUUAAAGCUACCAGCAGCUCUGUCCCAGCAGAGCGAUCCAUGUACCCUCUCUGACUGCAUCUAGUGUUCAUUGCACAGUCAUGUACAACGUCAUUUUUCAAAGCGUUUGCGCAUUGUGUAUCUGAGGCAGAACAUGGGCACCAGCCUGAUAUUUACAUAGAUGGAUUUGGAAAAUCACCUAAAAAUCACAUCCAGGCUGACAGUGUUAUUAAUUCAUGAGACGGAUUUGAUCAGAGGCCAACUCUCCAACCAGUGUCAAAGAAGUGGGUUCCUGAAGCACUUCGCUAUCGCAGUGAGUAAUAAUAGUACCAGAUAUGGGCACCUAUUCUUUUUUUAUGUCAUCAGUCUACUGACUGGUUGGAUUUGGCCUAGGCCAAUCUCUUCUUCUUAUUUGUUAGAUAUAUUCCACUGACUGCCCCUGUGGCCAAAUGGUUAGCAUCAUCGCUCUCUGUGUUGAAGCACCCAGAUUCAACUUCUGCUUCUUCCUCAGCUGUUUUCUAAGGUAGCGAUACGUGGUCCAGUGAGCCCUUCUGCUUAAGAACCAGCAGUAUCAUCAGAAUCCAGUCAGGUACCAUAAUACUGUAGGUGGCCACCUCAUAUCAGUUAUUAACAUAGUCUAGUGACCCACUGUGUAUGGGUAGUUGUCAGACAAUAGCAGUUUUAGCAAACAGCAGAUUACAAUACUAAGUAUAUAUGCUAGCUAAAUGCACAUCACGGACAUAGUAUUAUUCCACAUAUGUGACCUACAGACAACAUCAGCACACUGCAACUGAUCUCCUUAGUCACACGUUUCAGCACCUCAAGACUGUCCAGCUUAGCAGCCCAUAACUGCCGUGCAUGUGGGCGGCCUCACACAAACACACCUCACGUCUACUUAUAGCCAAACUUCUGCCAGUAGCCGGCAUGCAUUGUCAACACUUGUGGCUCUGCUUACAGUCCUCCUUCAGCUCUCUGUGCCAGAAGGUAAACACUUCCUCCACCAGAGAGUCUCAGCACAUUGCCGGCGGCAAACUACAGGAAAUAUUGCUGACCUAGGAAACUUAGGCAGAAUAGUGCCACACUUGGCACGAACUAUGCAACACGUUCCACGAAAUUACAGGGAAAGGCCAGUUAAGUUUUUAAAACCCAUAAAUCCAUGUCUACAUGUGAUACUGGCAUGGUUGUAAAUACAAUGUAGCAUAUCAUUUAACAGGGACUGCCUAGGAGCCAGGAAAGGUUAAGAAAAUGAUGGGGGGUGAUGGAUAGUUGCAUGAACUGACCACAAACCUCACAACCUAAACGAUAGAGGCUUUAUAACUUGUCAUAAAUUAUAAUUGAUAAUGUUGUGUUUACAUUAAGAGUUACAUAAAAGGUAAAAAAUGUAAUAAUCAUUAUCAUUUGUAAAUGUAAAUGCUUUUGUUCUAUUUUACAUUAAGAGACUGCAGACAUCAGUUCUUUGUGCUUUCAAUGUAAUAUUUUUUCAUUCAAGUUGUAAGAAAUCUGCUAAAAUGCAUAUUUGACUGCUAUUUUUUAGGUUUAUGUAAAAAAUCAAAUUAACAUAUUUUGUGUAAUAAAAGAUGGGUCAACACUUAUUUCUUAAUUAUUUAUUUUUUUAGCUUAAUAUUAUGUCUAACUUCUUAGAUUAGCAGUGAUUAUACCAUCAACACACUUUAAUAAUGAUUCAUUAAUUUUCAUGGCAAAACCUUACAUCAUUGCGUUACGAGAUCCUUCUUGUUGUCUUUCAUAUUCAGCUCCUAGUGAUUCCAAAUGGAUAUGAUGACAAACUGAUCAUAUGAAACAGAAACUAAAACUUUAUCUAAGUGUUUACAGAAAUCUACUCCAGAGCUGUGAAGUAAUUCAUUUUGCACAACUUUUAGUGAGGAGGUUUGCUUUAGUAUAAAACAUACUAUUUUAUGUAAGUUCCACAACUUUAUAUGAAAUAAAAACUAACUAUUCUUACUCAA